AUGCCAGGAGGUACAGGAGGAGGCUAUACAGGAGGUGAUGGAUCAACAAAUACCACACAUUUAAGAUAUUCCUCGUUUGGAGGGACCCAAUCUGGAACAGGAGUUGCGAUAAUUGAAAAUAGUCGCUCAAAAGCUCAAUUUGGAUAUGGGGGAUCUUCAAAUUCUGGUGCAGGUGGUGGGGGAGGUUGGUUUGGGGGUGAUGCUUCAGUCAGUACUGGGUAUGCUGCAGCUGGUGGAUCAGGUUAUGUAUUGACUUCAAAUUCAUUUAAACCAAAUGGAUAUAUUUUCAAAAGAGAUUAUUAUUUGAGUUCUGCAAUAACGAAAAAUGGAAUCCAAUAUGGAAAUGGUAUGAUAAAAAUCACAUUACUAGAUAAUAUUAAUAACGGUAAUCUUAAAUUUCGUGGGUGUGCCACCUCUUUCUUUUCUUUUUCCCAGUUUGUUUCCCUAAUAACUUUACCUUCAAUAGCAUAA